AAACAGCAGUAGUUUAUCUUCGGUACCGGUAGCGCGGUGUGGAUCAGUCCGACUUUAUGCACAAAAACAUGGCGAAGUGAACAGUUCAGUUGCGUGGCUUUUAGCAGGACACUUUCGUGCACCGAAAACAGAGGGAUUCAUCAAAUACAAUUCGAGUCACAUCUGAGAGAGGAUUUCCUCUCCACUCCUGUGUGGUGAUUUGAAGAUGGAGUCUUCAGAUAAUGCGGCUGACGCGGGGCCCAUGAGCGCUCAGAGCGUGUACUCGGCUCUGGGUCUCAGCUCGGAGGACGUCGAGGCUUUGGCUCAAAUCCCGGAGAACGAGAUCAGUGUGGAAACGUUACCGUACCUCAUCAUGCAGCUCAAAGCCAAGCGUUCUGAAAAGGCAGUGGCUGCCCCCACCGCUGCUACUGACACAGACAAUAGUGACAAACCAGAGGCGGAGCCUAAACAGGCCAAUCAGGAUACAGAAACCUCAGAAAAAAGAAAAGAGAAACGUGAAAGCCCGCCACCCUCGAGUUCAUCACGUCACACGUCCAGCCACGAGCAUGAGCAUCACGGGAAGGGGGACAGUCACAAGAAGGCAGAGCGAGCGAAUACAGGAGGAAGGAGGGACUCCAGAUCCAGGAAGUCCUCCCGAGAGAGACAGAGCGGGGACGGAGUGACACCAGAGGACAACGAGUUGGAUGACAAACCGACGGUUUUCCCACACAUCUGUACGCUGUGCAAGACUGAGAGCAAUGGGUCUAAGGCCUGGCACAGUCACAUCCGGGGCAUUCGGCACACCAAAGCACGGAGAGAGUUCAUGCUGCUGUCCGGCUCAGCGGAUGACUCGUACUCGUCUCGUCGAGGUUCUCGCUCGUCUCUUCCCAGUAAACGCUCCUACAGUUCAGAGCGGAGCACAGGAGACCUGUCUUCACCUUCUGGAGAACGUUUUUUUCAUCCUCCUAAGCCCUUCACGAAGGUGGUGGUGGCCAAGUAUCCGAUGGGCAGCAUGGCCGUGGCAGACAUGUUGGCGCUGGGAAAACCUUUUGGAACCAUAGUGAAGCAUCUUAUCUUCCCUUUUAAGGGAUUUCUGGAGUUCAGCUCUCAUGCAGAAGCAAAGAACAUGGUCACUCACUACCAGACUAAACCCGCCUUCAUUAAGGGUCAGCGCAUCAGUCUGUGUUUGUCUCCGACCGUCGAGGUCAUACACCCUCCAGAGGCAUACGAGCCGGCAUCGAAGCGCUCAAAGUCGUCCCCUCAGUCAGUGGUGUGUUUUUCACGGUUGCCUCCGGGGAAAGAGGCAGAGGAGAAGGUGCUGGACCUGGCAGCCUUAUUUGGGGAUGUUCGCUGUUCCAAAUUCACUGAAGACAAGGCUCUGGUAGAGAUGGUGGAUUGGCGUGAUGCAGAUAUCAUGGUGAAGUAUUAUCACUCCAACCCACUGAGAAUUCAAGAGAAGAGCAUUAAGGUGUCCAUGUCCUCCAGAUCAAACCUGCGAGAGAGCAGCCUCGAGCGAUCUUCCUCCAAAAAGUCUGACUCCGGCAAGAGCCACAGCAGCAGCAGACAGAAAAGCGAGUCGUCUUCCUCCAAAAGCGCGUCUCAGUCCAGCAGCAAGGACAAGGAGAAAACUGACGAGAAAGAAGGAGAGAAAAAAGAGGAGAAGGAGGAGGACAGGAAGGAGGGAGAGAAGAAAGAAAGCGACGACACGGAGAUGAAGGACGAAGAGGUGGGGAAUGAGGAAGGUGUUCAGGUGGAGGAAGAAGCUGGGCUGAUAGACAAAGGUGAAGUGGAGGUCGUUGCCCCCGGGACAGAAGAAAUCCAAGAGAAGGAGGAAGAGGAGGAGGUAGAGAAGAAAGACGUGGAGCAGGUUGAUGCUGAGGAGGAGCGGAAAGGGGAAGAAGAACAAAUUCAGGAGGAAAAAGAUGAGAGUAAAGGAGAGCGAGGAUCAGAGGAGGACGUGGAGGAACAGGAUGAUCUGGAGGACAUGGAUUUCCCUGAGAACAUGGAUGACUUUGUGACUCUGGACGAGCUGGACACCACAGCCGGAGACUCGUUAGAUUCUUCUGAACCUCAGGAGGGUAAGGUGGUGGUUGUGAGACCCAUCAGGAACGAGUUUAAAGAGACUCGUAAGAAGGCCAUGAGAGAAGCUCUGUUUAAGAUGGCAGACCCCUUUGGUGAAGUGGUCAACUUUGCCAUCUCUUACUACAGACAUGAGGCUCUGAUUGAACUGGAGUCAGUGGAGAAAGCUCAUGAGAUGGUGAACUUCUAUAAAAGCAGUAAGAGGUCCAAGUUGUGUGGGAGACCUGUGUCUGUGUCACUGUGUAAGGCCUUCAACACCAUCGAGGGUCCCAGUGGGAGAACGUUGUUCAUCAGCAUGCUCCCUCCUUUCAAGUACUCGGACAAGUCCCUCCUCAGACUUGCACGUCCUUUUGGGAAAAUCACAGCUUAUUGUUUUAACAGGGUGUACGGAACGUGUUACAUCCAAAUGGAGACGGUGGAAGCAGCAGAGAAAAUGAUUCAGAGGUACUUACCAUGGCCUCUUAAAUUCUACGGCACUCCACUAAAGAUCACUAAGUGCAGGAAAGGAGACUCUCUGAUUCCCUGGACUCUAGCGGAUAAGUUUGAGCGGUGGUAUGAGCCGAAGUUGGGGAGAAACAUCGAGGAGAGGAGAGAGAACGGCCAGACGGUCAAACACAACAGUGGGGAGGACCGUCAAAGUCCUGUUUCCAGCUCUGAAGGUGUGUGUGGAGAUCCUGCAGCAGAGGGUGAAGAUUCAGAGGAAGAGGAGAAGGACCAGACCCCCCUUGGUCCCUACCAACCUGACAACCCUGUGGGCGUCAGCUACGUCGUCCCCAAGAGCGGCUUCUUCUGCAAACUCUGUAACGUCUUUUACACGGAUGAGAAGAAAGCCAAGUCGGAUCACUGCAGCAGCCUGGAACAUUACAACAUGCUGAAGAAGAAGCGUGGAGAGGUGACGGAGGAAGAACAGACAGACGGACAGACAGAAGGAUGAACGGAUGAAACCUGGAGAACUGAUUUCACCGCAGUUCAUGAUUUUUUUUUUCUUUUUUUUUUUUUUUUUGUAAAAUUUAAGAAAGGGGAAAAAAAAACAGGAAAACAUUCCAGCCUCCGUGUUUCUCGUGUUUGUUUUGUUACAUUUACUUCCUGUUUUAUUUGACAAACCGUCAGACAGACGGACAGAAACGUUCAACAGAUUAUCGAAAAGAAAUCAUUCGAAACUUCUUUCCUCGUUCCUGGUGGUGUGUGUGAGCAGAAUUAGGGCUUUCAGUCUCAUAGCUUCUUAUGAAAUAAACAAAAGUCUGUUUGAACAAAA